AUGGCGCUCGCCGAAUCGCUGGCCAUCGUAUUCACAGCCAUGGGGCGCAAGGAACUCCGGCAAAGUCGCCAUCCAGUUAUGUCUGCUUUUCCACCGGCUACGCAGCGGACUUCGCUCUGGCCGACGGCAUUCCCAGUCAAACGGAUGGAUGUGGCAUCCGUCACCAUGCCCAUUGGCUUUCACACGAGAGUCACGAGAAUACAAGUUGCUUCUCCUUCCAUGCAAUGCGAUAUCUCAUCUGACUCACAAGGCUACGGCUCGGCCGACGCUGCUUGA